GGAAUUCGGACCUCAUAGUUUCUCGUGUAAGCCAGCUGGGCUGUUUCAAAGCCGAAUAGAGAGCCAGAGAGUCAAUCUAACACGUGUUGACGUCACCCAGUCUGUUUCCAGUCAUACUCUCGCCACUGGAAGGUUUCAUCGAUGUCUUCAUUGUGUUUAGACGACUUUUACAAGACCCAGACAGCUUGUCGCACUCAUGAUAAUAUCGUUACAUUCAUCGGAGAAGUCGGGAAGGUUCAGGGCCUCGCGAGCGUCAUCACCAGCCAGACACCCAAAUAAUGUUGCGAAUCUCGAAUAAAUAACGGGGCGAGUUGGCUAGCGUAGCAGGGACAAGUGCCCAGAAGUCCCCAAGACAAAUAUUAAUUCCAACUAGCCUGAAGCUAUGGAGGUCCUGGCACAGCAGAUUCGGGAUAUCUACUCCCAGACCGACGACCAAGGCCGCAAGAAGAUUCAGAAUGAGCUAGAAGUCCUUCAGUCGUCCCUCCGCACGGAGAUGGACACGAUGUGGAAACUAGCCACGGGGCCUGUCAUGCUGUGUGUUGCCAAGCUCGGCGUCGAUUUGGGCAUUUUCGAGGCCCUUCAACAAUCUUCUUCGGGAUCUUUGAAUGUGUCGGAAUUCUCGAGAUUGACUCAUGCAUCCGCAGAGCUCUUGGUUCGUGUCCUACGCGCGCAGGCAGCAUUUGGCCUGAUUACCCAGACCAACAUCAACGAGUUCACUGCUAAUAAGUGCACCACUGCGCUGGCUGACCCCAAUAUUGCCGGAAUGGUAUCGUACCAAUCGGAGCAUUUCGGGCCCGUUUUCCAAGCCCUUCCCACUUUUCUCCGAGAGAGAGAUAACCAGCCCGUUACCUCUAACAAGGAUACGGCUUUCCAGAAAGCAUUCCAUACCGACUUGACUGCGUUUGAGUGGAUGUGUCAGAAUCCCGAGCAAUUGAAGAACCUCGGGAAGCUGAUGGCGAUCCACCGCGACAGACACUGGAUUGAGACCUUCCCUGUCGAGCGGGAAGUGGCCGAUGUAUCAAUCUCGCCCCAUCAGGCUAUUUUAGUUGACGUUGGAGGCGGCUACGGCCAGCAGGCGAUCGCGUUCCGCCAGCGAUUUCCCCAGCUGCCUGGCCGUGUCGUUGUGCAGGAUAUCCCGGAGACUUUGAAGCACGCGGCAGCCGUUGACGGAAUUGAGUUCAUGGCUCAUGACUUCUUCAAACAUCAGCCCAUCCGCGCGGCCAAAUUCUACUACCUGCGCCAUGUGCUGCACGACUGGCCCGAUGAGCAGGCCAUCGCAAUUCUGCGAGCAUUGAUUCCGGCCUUGGGCCCGCAUUCGCGCAUCAUUGUAGACGAGAUGGUACUGCCAGAUACCAAUGUGUCUGAGAUGGGCGCUUUUCUUGAUAUGGCGAUGUUAGCUUCUCUUGGUGGGUCGGAGCGCACGCGCCAGGAAUGGGUGGAUCUGCUGGAUGUAGCGGGUCUAAAGGUCUUGGAGAUCGUCGAAUACGAUCCAAAACAGCUCUGCGCUAUCGUCGCCGUGCCAAAGUAA